CUUGUAGGAUUGCAUAGGUGCGAUCGAUGGAACUCAAGUGCAAGCUCGUUUACCUCCCAAAAAACAAGUACCUUACAUUGGAAGGUACCACACAUGAUACUAGGAUUUUUUUGAGGGCACUAAGAACUCCAGAAUUGAAGUUCCCUCUUCCUCCACUUGGAAAGUACUAUCUUGUUGAUGCGGGAUAUCCUCAAAUUAGAGGAUUCUUACGACCGUAUAAGAAUCAAAGAUAUCAUCUUCCAGAUUUUCGUCGAGGUGGGCAACCAUUAGGUUUACAAGAGGUAUUCAAUCGUACGCACUCAUCAUUACGUAGUGUGAGACCCCAGAUAGUCCUAUAUAUGAGAUAUAAUAGGGCUAAACUCUUAACCCGGCUUAAGCAUUUUGGGUGGUGGCAAGGCCCAAGAGGUUAAGAGAGUUAAGCGUGCUAGGAC